ACAAUCUUUAGUGUGACUGUUAAAUUUGUCUCACUAUUACAAUGCUACAUUUAAAAUUUUUCUUUUAUUUCCUCGAACUAUUAAAAACUCUUUUAAUGUAAAAAAAAAAACAAAAGAUUAAUUGCUUUCAACAAAUCCCCCACUCUCUCGCUCUAGAAAAACCCAUGUUUAUCUCUGUGUUGUUAGUACCUCUGUCUCUCUCUCUAGAAAGCAAAGUCACUGAAAUGUGCUUGUAAGAAAGAAAUGCUGUCUCCGACGCCAUUGCCACUCUUCUGUGCUUUGCUUCUAUGUUUACCGGUCGCCGUCGUAUUCACCUUCCGGCGAGAACCCAUCGGCCACAAAUUUCCGGCAAAGGUUCCUUCUCCGCCGCCGUUGCCCGAGGAUGACGAGUCUCUUCUCCGCCUCGCCUCUCGGGUGAACCCGAAUCCGCCUGCCGGGUCGACCCGGAAAGUCGCCUUCGUGUUCCUGACGACGACGCCUCUCCCUUUUGCGCCUCUCUGGGAGAUUUUCUUCAAUGGAAGCUCCAAGGAUCUGUACAAUGUCUACGUCCACGCCGACCCGACCCGGGAUUACGACCCACCUUUCUCGGGUCUGUUCGCUAACCGGGUCAUCCCCUCUAAGCCUUCGCUCCGAUUUACCCCAACCCUCGCCUCGGCGGCGCGUAGGCUGCUCGCUCACGCGCUCCUCCACGACCCGCGAAAUUCCAUGUUUGCCCUUGUCUCCCCUUCCUGCGUACCGAUUCACUCGUUCGAUUUCAUCUACAAAAACCUGGUUUCAUCUCGGAAGAGUCAGUUCGACCGGUGGGCGGCGCGUGGGUCGGACGCGAUGCUCCCGGAGGUGAAGCUUGAAGACUUUCGGAUCGGGUCGCAGUUCUGGGUUUUGACCCGUGUCCACGCGCGUACGGUGGCGCGUGACCGGAGGAUCUGGGCGAGGUUCGACAGGCCCUGCGUGAGGGAGGACACGUGUUACCCGGAGGAGAAUUACUUUCCGACGCUCCUGAGCAUGCGGGAUCCACGUGGCCUUGUCCCGGCGACUCUAACCCACGUUGACUGGUCGGUCAACGACGGCGGUCACCCGCGGAUGUACGAGCCGGAUGAGGUGGUGCCUGAGCUUAUCCGACGGCUGAGGAUGACGCGGCUGAGGUACGGUGGGGAUGGAAUCAACGGCUCUGAUUGGUCCGUGAUGAAGCGGAAGGAUCCCUUCCUGUUCGCCAGGAAAUUCUCGCCAGCGGCGGCGGAGCCUUUGAUGGCUAUGGCGAGGAAUGUGUUGUUCAAUGACUCCGCCGGCGGCGCGUGAAACCCACCGCCAAUGGCUUUAUUGUAAAUUUUUAGUUUUUUUUUUGGUUUUAGCAAAGGGAAAUUGUAAUUUAAUAUAUGGAAAAAAGAAGCUGGGAAGAACAAAAAAAACCCAGUCUUCUGUUGAGUCGACUCGUCCAA